AUGGGAAUCCUGGAGCGCAUGGAGAAGUCUGCUCCACCCAAGCACAGGGACAGCUCUGCAAGGUGGCGCAAGCUGCUCGGGCGCGAGGAAGGGGAUGGCUACCGAGGCUACAGCCUCGCUGACUGGCUCUGCAUGGCCUUUUAUGAGAGCAACUUUGACACAGCAGCCAAGAGCAUCAACGCGGACAGCAGCGCCAGCUUCGGCAUCUUUCAGAUCAACAACCGGCUGUGGUGCACGGACGAGCGCAGCCCAUCGGAGAACCUCUGCAGAGUGGCUUGUGCAGACCUGUUAACAAGUGACAUAACUGAUGACAUCCUCUGUGCCAAAAAAAUUGUGAGACACCCACAAGGAAUGGAUGCCUGGGAGGACUGGGCAAUGCACUGCAAGGGACGAGACCUAUCAGAGUGGGUGGAAGGAUGUGACCUGUGA